CGUCGCGACCCUUGCAGCGCAUAUAUCGCAACAUGCUGCGCCCAGAGACCCAUAAGCAGCUCGAGCGCCUGCAUCUCGUCCUUCGCUUCGCAGAAAACAAGACAAUGGACGCCUCGACGAGUGGGCUGCGCUAACACGUCAUUGAUUCCUUUUCGCCAAAAUCUGUGAGCGUGCCGCUGCUUUCGCAAAUCAUUGAAAUCCGAGAAUGUGGUGGCUGAGAAAGCGAAUUGGUUGACAUACGACUUAUCUGCCGCAUGGUUGCUUGUCACUUUGUACACUGACAUUCUUUGCAACUGCCAGCAUGGCGACGAUGCCCCCGGUAGACGCGUCUGCGAAAGAAUCUACCAUCCAGCUCACGACGCGCAAUGACCGCUCCGUCCUCAUGUUCCUCCUCCACAUGCUCCUCCGCCCCUUUCACAACCACGUUGGACGACCGGGGCACGCGCGACCCGAAGGCUCAGUCGAGCUCAAGCCAUCGCCAGUUGGGACCAAGAGCUCCAAUGUUACUCAUCGAGUAGUUUGCGACAUGCAUGUAUACGACAUAGUCGCGAAACAACCAAUCCCGUCGGACACGAAGAAGCGCAUCUGCUAUUUUGGUGGAGGCGGAUGGCAGACUCCUCCUUCGUCCCAGCACUGGGGCAUGUGUUCGAGAAUGGCUCAGGUGGUUCCCGGGGCCACCGUUUCGCUUGUCUCCUAUCCACUCGCGCCCAAGAAUCCAGCACAGAAUGCAUUCCCAUGGCUUAUGCGCUUCUAUCGCGAGAUCAUGGACACUGCGGAGGAGGAGGAUGAGAAGAUCAUCCUUGCGGGCGACUCUUCUGGGGGCAACAUUGUCCUGGCGCUCGUCCUCGAAGCGCUGCGAGAAGACGAUGAAGACAUGGGCGUGGAGACGAAGCGAGCUCCGCACCCAUUAGCCAUAUUCGCGAUAUGUCCGUCGACGGACUUGACCCGCAACAAUCCCGACAUCGAAAAGACAGCUAAGCAUGACCCUUUUCUUACGCCUAAAUUCAUCAAAUCGACAGCCAAAGCCUGGUGCGGGGAUAUGGACCCUACCGACCGGAGAGUAUCACCCAUCAAUGCUGAUAUCUCCUUGCUGAAGAAAUACGGGAUUCAUGUGCAUGGCAUCACCGCCGGCCACGAUAUUCUCAGCCCGGACGGUAUCCUGCUCAGGAAGAAACUGGAACAAAACCGCGUAACAGGACAGUGGCUGCACUGGGAGAAGCAAAUGCACUGCUUCGUCCUGACGUAUCCCUACGGUCUACGCGAGGCCAAAGAAGCCAUGGACUGGGUUGGCAAUGUUUUGAAGGACGAGUAGACGAUCUGAGAUUGUUCACAAUAGGUUUGGGGGAAACUCGCAGACCUUUUCUACGGACGGUGUCAAAGGGUCCGAGUUUUCGCUGCACCCACAAUCACUCGUAUGCGGUCCUUGAUUGUUGCUGUUUGUAUAUUGCCUUGAUGCAGGAUCGGGACCGCCCGUUAAUCUAUGCGCACCGGCUUGCGAAGAUACCCCACAUCGAAUGAAUUACCGACCUUGACCUUUCUGAGUAGUUGUGAACCUUCUGUACUUUUUUUUGGGGUUAGCCUCGUGGUGAAUCCCGUACACUAAACGAGACUACAUCGCAUUGCAUUGGCUUCGAAAUUGCUGCGGAAGUCAGUUCCUUGCUACUAAACAAGCCAUCCAACAUCGAGGCUAGCAUCUAUUCACA